AUGGCACCGCCAGCGAUUAUCGCGCCCUCCAUCCUGAGCGCGGACUUUGGCGCCUUGGGCAAGGCAUGCUCGGACACAAUAGGACAUGGCGCGGAUUGGCUACAUGUGGAUAUCAUGGACGGGCAUUUUGUGCCAAACAUGACCUUUGGUGCUCCUGUGGUGACAAUGGUCCGGCCGCAUGUGGACCGACCGAAGGAGGCCUUCGGAAAGGGAACCUUCGAUUGCCAUAUGAUGAUCGCUGAGCCCAAAAAGUGGGUGAAAGACUUCAAGAAGGCCGGCUGUGAUCUAUACUGCUUCCACUACGAGGCCGCGAUAUCGUCGACCGCAGCAGAAACGCCGGAGGGUCAUAGCGAUGAAAAGACCAGUCCCAAGGAGUUGAUCAGAUACAUCCACGAUCAAGGACUGAGAGCUGGCAUUGCGAUCAAGCCCAAGACUCCUGUAGACGUGCUCUACGACAUUCUAGACAACCCGAACAAGGACGAGGUGCCCGAUAUGGCCCUUAUCAUGACUGUCGAACCUGGAUUUGGCGGGCAGAAGUUCAUGCCGGAGAUGAUGCCCAAGGUGGAGGCACUUCGAAAGCGGUAUCCCGAUCUGAACAUUGAAGUUGAUGGUGGUCUCAGUGAGAAGACUAUCGAUACUGCUGCUGAUGCGGGUGCAAACGUGAUUGUGGCUGGAAGUGCCGUCUUUGGCGCCAAAGACCCAGGCCAAGUCAUCGAAGCGCUUCGUCAAGCUGUUGAAAAGCGGCGGUGA